UUAGCUUGGAGUCUUCUUCAUGUAGCUAUUGUGGACAUUUCCUCUCUUCUCAGCGGCCCGAGGCAAACUAUUGGCACAAAGGAAGAGUGGUGAUGAAAGUUACUUCAGGGAGGUGGCCUCCCUGACACAAUGGAGCAAAAGCAACAGUAGGGAGACAGGCCAGGAGUUACCGCUCCUUUCCAGUAACCACAGGGGCUGGCUUUGAGGCGAGGCUGCAUGUGCAUCGGAGUGAGAAGGCCCCGAGUCUGGAUAUGCUGGACUCAGACCUGCCAAAUGCUGUGACACUUUUGAAAAACCUACAGGAGCAGGUGAUGACUGUAACUGCACAAGUGCAAGCACUGACAAAAAAAGUUCAAGCUGGAGCCUAUCCUACGGAGAAGGGGCUCAGCUUCUUGGAAGUGAAAGAUCAGCUGCUGCUCAUGUACCUUAUGGAUUUGAGCCACCUUAUCCUGGACAAAGCCUCUGGAGGGUCUCUUAAGGGACAUGCUGCAGUUUUGAGACUGGUGGAGAUUCGCACGGUUUUGGAAAAGCUUCGUCCGUUGGACCAAAAACUGAAGUAUCAAAUUGACAAAUUGGUCAAGACUGCAGUGACAGGCAGCCUUAGUGAGAAUGAUCCACUUCGUUUUAAGCCUCAUCCCAGCAACAUGAUGAGCAAGUUGAGCUCUGAGGAUGAGGAAGAAGAUGAAGUGGAAGAUGGCCAUUCUGAAGCUUCAGGGAAGAAAUCUGUAAAAGGAGUAUCUAAGAAAUAUGUUCCACCACGCUUGGUUCCAGUACAUUAUGACGAAACAGAAGCUGAGCGGGAGAAGAAGCGUCUAGAACGAGCCAAAAAACGGGCAUUGAGCAGCUCUGUCAUUCGUGAACUUAAGGAGCAGUACUCAGAUGCACCGGAGGAAAUCCGUGAUGCUCGGCAUCCUCAUGUUACUCGCCAGAGUCAGGAGGACCAACAUAGGAUUAACUACGAGGAGAGCAUGAUGGUGCGUUUGAGUGUCAGUAAACGAGAGAAAGGACGGCGGAAACGAGCAAAUGCCAUGAGCUCACAACUUCAUUCUCUCACGCACUUCAGUGACAUCAGUGCUUUGACAGGAGGGACUGCUCAUCUUGAUGAGGAUCAGAAUCCUAUUAAGAAGCGGAAGAAGAUACCUAAGAAGGGUCGGAAGAACAAGGGUUUUCGGAGGCGGCGGUGAUUAUGGGUGUGCAUAUAUAUAUAUGUAUAUUUUGUCAUCCUGAGAUACUUCUAAUUUCAUUGUAUGUAGGUUUUUCCUUGGAAUUCAUUAAUUGUUUGCUUUGGACAUAUGGAAAGAUCCUUACUAAUAAAAGUGAUUUUAUUUAAUGAAUUAAAGCCCCUUUUGCACA